AUGUCUUUGACCGAGAAGCUCGAAAAAAUCAGGUCGCCCAAAUUGCAGAAUCAGCGAGAGGUUGGCCAGGGCCCAAUUCCCAGACCCUUCCAACCCCCCACUGACCGCAAGCAGACCUCCGUUGUACUCUCCGCAGUCGAAGACACCCUCAAGGACCAGAAGUAUGGCUCAACCCCCACAGCAUACUUUGCUGCCCUGCUCGCAUUGCUCAGUCAAUCAGUUUCCCCGUCGAAUGGCAUUGUCAACAAAGAGCUCGCGACAUCAGUCGUCUACCUCCUCGACAUCAUAGCGCCCCACGUACCUGCGCCUCUCCUUCGAUCGAAGUUCUCUCAGAUACUUACGAGUCUUGCUCCUGUUUUGACUCAUAAUGAGAUUGAAGCGCCUUUGAUAAGGUCAUCGGUAGGAUGUCUGGAAUCGCUGCUGGUCGCGCAGGACAAUGCAGCGUGGGCGCUUCCGCAGACCCAGGUCAGCCCACGGAGAGCUAUCGCAGGCUUAUUGGUCCUCGCGUCAGAGCACAGACCGAAGGUCAGAAAGCGUGCGCAGGACGCGGUCAUGCAUGUCUUGAAGAACCCCCCUCCAAGCCCUUCACUGGAUCAUCCAGCCGCGGAUAUGUGCGCCGAGACAGCUUUGCGAAAUGUCAGUGAUAUGGCUGCAAGUGGGAAAAAGAAGGGAAAGGGUCACAGGCAGGAGGAACAUCAGCCAGGUCUCAUGCAUGCGCUGCAGCUGGUCAAGACAAUAGCUUCCGCUUCUGGAGGCUGGCCAAGUAAGAAGAUUGAGCCACUUUGUGAAGUCCUCAUGAACAUCUCGCGGUCAAACAAUGAGUACCUCACAAUGUCUGCUUUUGAAAUAUUUGAAGUCAUAUUUGCAGGGAUGGCCGACGAAAUAUCUUCUGCAAAGCUACCAAAGCUGAUGGAAGCUAUCUCCGAGCUGCGGCCUUCACAGAACGAUUCGCAACUGCUGCCUCCGUGGAUCGCCGUCAUGUCGAGAGGCUAUGAUGUCUCGGCGCAAGUCAGCCCGGAUGAGACAUUCCAAAAGUUGCCUGAGCUCUUCGAGACGGUUUCCGGAUUCCUUGCUUCCUCGUCACACAACAUCCGCGUAUCUGCUUCAGAAUGUCUAAUUUCAUUUUCGGUCAACUGUGUACCUGACACAGCAAUCCUAGAGCCUUCCAUAUACGACGAAAAAGUACUUGAAAAGCUAGCGAAAGCAGCAACUGCACUUUUGAGUGUGAAAUAUCAAUCUGCAUGGAUGGAAAUUUUCACCGUGUUGUCGGCUCUCUUCUCGGCGUUCAGAUGGAGAUCAGUUGGUCUUCUAAAUGACAUAGUAAAGACCGUUGGGGAGCUACGAGGUAACGACUCGUUCAAUGGUAAAAAAGAAGCGGACGUUGUCCUUGGCAACGCCAUCGAAGCCAUGGGACCAGACUCUGUCCUCCAGAUUCUACCGCUGAACCUGGCGAAGCCAAAAGCAGGUCAGCCAGGAAGAGCGUGGCUGUUGCCCAUCUUGCGAGACCGUGUCCAGAACACCAAUCUCACUCAUUUCAGAUCCGAGUUUGUACCUCUGAGCAAAACGAUGAUUCAAAGAGUGAUAGACAAUGGGAACUCCGAAAAAACAAUGGAAAUCAAGAUAUUCGAGACCCUGGUGCAGCAGAUUUGGGCGCUCUUGCCGGGCUAUUGCAAUCUACCACUAGAUCUGAGCACAGCUUUUGAUCAGAGCUUUGCCGAGAUGUUGGCUACUUUGCUCUACGAGCAGACGGAGCUUCGGGUAGACGUUUGCAAAGCUCUCCAGAUGCUGGUGGAAUCGAAUCAAGAGAUUGCCAAUAUGGAAGCUUCUGACCAGGAAUCACUCCUCAAGAAGCGGGCUACGAAGGUUAAUGCGCAGAAGGACCUCAGUCAUCUGUCGUCAUUUUCUGGAAAUCUGCUAGCAGUACUAGUUAAUGUUUAUGAAAAGACAUUGCCGCAGUACAGGGGUUAUAUUCUGCAGUGCAUCAAUGCUUACUUGAGUAUCACUCCCGAGAAGGAGCUACUCGAGACUUUCCAGGGAGUCAUAAGGAUGCUUAAAGACGCCCUCGCCCUUGCAGAAUCCACUUCUCAAACUCAAGCCGACAAGCAAAAGCAAAAGCAAACCUCGGCCGAUAAGAUGCCGCCAACAAGCCAUACCCUCAUGGAUCUGAUCAUAACAAUCUCAAUAUACCUCCCGCGCCCUACCUUCCCCACGCUUUUCUCCCUCGCCGCCCUCAUUCUCCCACAGUCGUCCGACCCCCAACUCCAAAAGAAGGCCUAUAAGCUCCUGCCCCGUCUCGCCACCUCUCUAACAGGCACCCUCGCCCUCCAAGAUCGCAACGUAGAACUCCAAUCUCUCCUCCUUACCACCGCCUCUACCGUCUCCGCCCCAGCCCGCCGCGAUCGUCUCGCUGCGAUUUCAGUCGUCGUCGAGCACCUCCCACCGACAUCCCUCCACUUCAUUCCCUCUAUCCUCUCCGAAGUGGUUAUCUCGGCCAAAGAAGUCAACGAAAAAGCUCGUACAGCUGCAUUCGACCUCCUUGUUCUCAUGGCUCGCAAGAUGUCUCAAGGCGGACAAAUCAAUCAAUCGCAGAUCCCACACAUGGCGGCGGACGCACCCAUUGCACAAGCCAGUCUGGAGGAGUUUUUCACCAUGGUAUCCGCGGGACUUGUGGGCUCAACGCCGCAUAUGGUCUCUGCCAGCAUAACGGCCCUGACGCGAAUCCUGUACGAGUUCGCUUCGCAACUUCCUCACGCGGUCAUUGAAGAUCUAGUCCAAACAAUGGAUUUAUUCCUCACCUCCACGAAUCGUGAAAUUGUACGUUCCGUUCUCGGGUUCGUCAAGGUUGCUAUAAUCUCCCUCCCCGAAGACAUUGUGAAACCAAAGCUCGACACACUGGUGCCAGGCCUCAUGUCAUGGUCGAGAGAGCAUAAAGCGCAAUUCAGAGCGAAAGUGAAGCAUAUACUCGAGCGCGCUAUCCGGCGAUUUGGCUUUGAUGCCAUUGAGAAACAGUGUCCAGAAGACGACAAAAAGCUUAUAAACAAUAUCCGGAAGACCAAGGAACGGCGUAAGCGGCACAAGGCAGCUGACGACACUGAAGCUGCUACCGACGAGCCAGCCAAACGGAAGAACAGGUUUGAGAGCGAGUAUGAUGAAGCGCUUUACGGUAGCGAAUCCUCCUCCGACUCUGGCCAUGGUUCCGACGAUGAGCGCGGGGCGGAGUCCAAUGGCAGAGGAGGGAGAGGGCAAACAUACAUUACCGAAGACGCCGACGAACCCCUCGAUCUCCUCGACCGCAAAUCCCUCGCCAACAUUUCGAGUCGGAAACCAACGGCUGCGAAACAAGCGCCAGGAAAACAGCGAAAGAACAGGACCGACCUCGACGGCAUUGCUUUCAAAAAUGACGGAGACGCUAAUGAUGAUGAUGAUGAUUUAAUGGCCCUGGAUUCCAACGGUCCGGAUGUGGGCGACGAAAUGACCCUUGAAGGCGGCAUCAACGCUUAUGUCGACGCCAUACGUGGCCGGGACGCCGUGCAGCGAGGGAGAGGCGGGAGGCUGAAGUUUAGCAACAAGCGCGAGAAGUCCAACGGGAACGGAGACUCCAUGGAGGAUGAUGGGGAUGAUGGCAGGGCAGUGAAGAAGGUAAAUGGCGGUGGAGGGGGGAGGAAGGAGGUUCGGUUCGCUGAUGCCAGAGGAGGGAAAGAUCAGGGUAGUAGAAGUGGACGGGUGAGCGGUAGAGGUGGUCUGAGGGGAAGAGGAGGAAGCGUCGGGAGUAAAGUGCAGAGGAGGGGAUUGGGCGAGGCGAAGGUCAGGGGGGGGAGGGUUAUGAAGGGAGGCGGGAGACGUUGA